AACAGUUAUUUCCAGUUCAUCUACUUUUGUCUUGGUAACAGUCUACCAAGAACUCCGAACUAUAAAUUAAUCAGAUAGUGUUACAUACAGGUUAGAGCAAUGAAUCAAAUCUUGUAAUAGCUUACAAAUUACAUACUCUCAACCCAUAUGUGUAAGUUAAUGGACUUUAUUGCUAGGUGACAUUUCCCAUAUCUUAAUGCUAUAAGUUGUAUACUUUUUGUAGAUACUGACUUUCUUACAACAUUGAACAGUGGUGGAUUUGGUGAGACGGAGUCAGAGAAGAUGACCUCUACCACUGAGCUGAGGAUCAUGGAGGCCAGGCUGACAGACAGCGAACAACGUACUGCAGCUUUGGAGUCCAGACUGGUGGCCAGUGAGGUCAAGGUUCAACAACAGGAGAACCAGAUCUCUGCUCUGCUAGUUGACCUGAAUGCUACAAAGAUGAAAGCAGACGAACAGGAGAACCGAUACAAUUCCAAGGUGGCCUUUUCUGUGGGACUUGGAGGAGAAGUAGGACCGGUUAAUACAGACAUCACACUGAAGUUCAGCAGAGUCCUCGUCAACGUUGGCAAGGCCUACAACCCAAUUACCGGUAUCUUCACAGCACCAAUGAGAGGAGUCUACUACUUUAGAUUCACCAUCUUGGAUCACAUAUCCAAGAAAUACUAUGGGAUCAAGUUGAUGAAGAAUGGCAGAAGCAUACUGUAUAAUAUUGAAUGGAAAGAACAUGGUAAUCACAGUUAUCUAGCCAACGGCCUUACUGUGGAGCUGGAGACGGGAGAUGUAGUGUACACUGUUCUGCCUUCAGGUCUUACCAUUUCUGAUAGCAUCGACAACCACAGCAACUUCACUGGCUUCCUGCUCUUCUCUACGUGAACGGAGGAAUUCUCCUAACCCAAGGUUCACUAACAACUCUUCCUGCUGCACCACGUGACAAUGCGUACACUAUUAAACGCCAUCAGAUGGGA